CAGAGGGCUAGAGCAUUUGCUGUCAGUGGCUUAUUUUAGACCUAAGUUUAGUUUUUGGACAAGAGUUUCGAUCAACUUUUCGGUGUUUUGCCAGAAAAUUUAGUGUUGAAAUUCACAUAAAAAAAGGCCAACAUGUACAGAUCGACAGUUAAUCAACAGGAAGUGCGGGGUCAGGGAUCGCCUGCAGUGCCACAGAAUGGCCCUUUCGUGUAUGGCAGCGGGAUCGUCUUCAGUGGUAAUGUGUAUCCCAUGUUGAUUGACGGCGUGCCCGUGCAGCCGCCCGCGGGAGCUCAUCAGGCGGCGGCACAGCAACGCAUGCAGAUGGAGCAGAGGCUACAGGGCUCUCAUCCCAAUCCCACACAGACCUCUCCUGAGUCGCUGCCGUCCCAGAGGGCCUAUCAGCGAAUUGACGCCGCAGAAGGGACAUCAUACAUAGCCAAGCAGACACAGCCGCAGAAUCAUAGGGCCUUCGGCAGAUUUCCUGGCGCUGCUGCUCCUGCUGCUGCUCCUACCAUGACCCAGCAGCAGCCGCUGUACAACAACCAUGCCGUGAUACAGCGUCAGCAGCAACUACGGCAGGAGCAACAGCUGGCGGCAAUGGCCGGAUCCUACGGCUCCUGCAACUUCAACUACAACCAGCAACCGAGUGCUGGCGGCGACUUUUUUGGAAGCUGGACCGGCUAUUCCAUGAUGCAGCCCUCGGAGGCCAACAAACCAUUCCAAUUAGGCUGAAGUUCCUGCAACUGAAGCAAUUGAAAUUGCAUUAUUCCGAUCGCUGUCCGUCCCGAAUUAGCUUCACGCAUUAAAUCGGAGUUGCAGUAUCACAUCAGGCGAAAAAGGGCUCCGUUGUUUGGCGCUGAAACCCUUUGGGGCCGGAAAAUGCAGCUUAAGUGGAAA